CGACAAUGAAAAAAUGGCUGCUUCUAAGAAGAUCAAAUGCACGUUUGAGAAUUGCAACGAGUACUUCGAAACCUCAAAAGAGAUGAAGAAACAUAAAAAGUACGCGACGCACCACGAAUAUUGUCACAUUUGUGACAUCGACUUCAAGGACUGGAGCACGGCAACGGCACACAAGAGCCAAAUGAGUGGCAUGGAUAUCUACAGAAAAACGCGAAAACAGUACCAGCGCGAGAAGGACCAGGGCAUUUUCUGGAGUAACCGGGAGAAGUUCGGCAAGGACUAUGGAGAGCUCAAAUUCCACAAGUACUUCUGCAAGUUUUGUGGUGCCGAAAGCCACACUGAGAGCGCCCGCCAACGACAUACUCUGCAAGUGCACCCCAUCGACCAGGGAAUUAAAUGUCCCGGCUGCGAGGAGACAUUCCCACGUGCUGCAGGGCUCGUGUAUCAUCUUGAGGAAGGCCACUGCAAAAAAAUAUCCGCAACUGAAUUCAAGGGAUUUCGCCAGCACAAGACUAUGGUUAACAAACUCUUACAAGACCCAUCGCUUCUCAGUGAGAUUUUAAGCAAGGAUAUGUACAGCUUCAUAGACGCAGCAUGUGACCACGCAAAGGAAGGUGGUGUUAGUCUCCUGGAUAUCAAAGACGACGAUAUAACGUGGGAUGAGGAGGUUCUUCUGCCAGAUGUUCCUGUGAUCAAGCCUUCGAUGCCGUUGGAACAACAGACAUGGCCUGCCCUACAUUCUGCCGUGAGCAAUCUUAGCAUCAAAGAAAACAUCAGUGGUACGACAGAAGUUGGAUCACGUAAGGCAACUGACGGAAGCAUGAAGCUCUUAGCAGCCACGAAAGCCUCUCCCGUUGCCAAUGAGUGGCAGGAGAAGCAGAGGGUCAUCUACAACGAAGGGCGCAGCUCAAACAUCCUCACCUUUCAGUUUUGGAACCCAGCACACCCGGACUAUGACCCCAAUCGCUUCUGGGAUCCUCUCAUCGAGAAACACCGCUGCCCCUUUCCAAACUGCGAGAAGUUGUUCGAGGUUUCGCUAGAUUGUCACAGACACAUCGACAAAGAACAUAUGCUCAAAAAGAUUCGCUGCCCUUUGUGCUUCAAGGUGUUCAAAAGUCAUCACGCGCUCAUUGAACACGUGGAGAGGAGCUCAAAAUGCGCCAUUAAGCAUAGCCGGAAGUUCGGACAGACACUAGAUGAGUUUAGCGGUGGUUUCCUCAGUCAUACCAUUGCCGCGCAUCCUGAUUUGAAGGCCGAAGACGACGGGUAUGAGGUAGGCUACGUCAAGUUUAAGAGCACCGUUCCCACCGGUUGGGAGAAACGCGAGCAAGUCACCGUUAGCACGAUGAUCUGAAAGUGCAUCUAUGUGCUGGCCCUCCGAUGCGAGUAGUUAACAUUUCGAGUAAAAUUAAAUUUCUCGGUUCGUGUAGAGCUAGAAGAGUGAUAGUAUA